AGAACAGACAGUAGUCCUGAUAACAGUUGAACAGACAGUAGAACUGAUAACAGUUGAACAGACAGUAGAACUGAUAACAGUUGAACAGACAGUAGAACUGAUAACAGUAGAACAGACAGUAGAACUGAUAACAGUUGAACUGACAGUAGAACUGAUAACAGUAGAACAGACAGUAGUCCUGAUAACAGUUGAACUGACAGUAGAACUGAUAACAGUGGAACAGACAGUAGUCUUGGUGACUGUAGAAAUGACUGUGGAACAGACAGUAGUCCUGAUAACAGUAGAACAAACAGUGGAACUGACAGUAGUCCUGAUAAGUAGAACAGACAGUAGUACUGAUAACAGUUGAACAGACAAUGGAACAGACAGUAGUCUUGAUAACAGUGGAACAGACAAUAGAACAGACAAUUGUCCUGAUAACAGUUGAAUAGACAGUGGUCCUGAUAACAGUGGAACAGACAGUGGAACAUACAGUAGAACAGACAGUAGUCCUGAUAUUAGUAGAACAGACAGUUGAACAGACAGUAGUCCUGAUAACAGUAGAACAGACAGUAGAACAGACAGUAGUCCUGAUAACAGUAGAACAUACAUUAGUCCUAAUAACAGUAGAACAGACAGUGGAACAGACAAUGUAACAGACAAUGGAACAGUAGAACAGACAGUUGAACAGAUAGUAGUCCUGAUGACAGUUGAACAGACAGUAGAACAGACAGUAGUCCUGAUAACAGUAGAACAGACAUUAGUCCUGAUAACAUUAGAACAGGCAGUAGAACAGACAGUGGAACAGACAGUGUAACAGACAAUGGAACAGUAGAACAGACAGUUGAACAAACAGUAGUCCUGAUAACAGUAGAACAGACAGUAGUCCUGAUAACAGUAGAAAGACAGUGGAACAGACAGUGGAACAGACAAUAGUCCUGAUAACAGUGGAACAGACAGUGGAAUAGACAGUGGAAUAGACAGUAGUCCUGAUAACAGUGGAACAGACAGUGUAACAGACAGUAGUCCGGAUAACAGAACAGACAGUGGAACAGACAGUAGUCCUGGUAACAGUGGAAUAGACAGUGGAACAGACAGUAGUCAUGAUAACAGUGGACUAGACAGUGGAACAGACAGUAGUCCUGAUAACAGUAGAACAGACAUUGGAACAGACAAUGGAACAGACAGUAGAACAGACAGUAGUCCUGAUAACAGUGGAACAUACAGUGGAACAGACACUGGAACAGACAGUGAACCCUUGGAGCUCCAGCUCUGACCUAACAGAAUGGAAAUAAGAGUACAAUUAUUCCCAGAGCUAAAAGCAGCGCUAGGGUCAAGACUGCAUGACCCCUGGAAAAUGUUACCAUAAUGUUAAAAUGUUAGUCUCACUCUUUCUCUAUUUCGUUCUCUCUCUCUCUCUCUCUCUCUCUCUCUGUGUUUCUCUAGCUGAGAUCGACCCCACACCUCCACCCUCCUCCCCCUCCCCAACUCCAGCCAUAGGGAACACAGACAAAAACUCACCCAGGGGGAGAGGGCCCGAGGCUGGGUUAGGGCCCGGGGUGGGGAUGAGUGCCGCUGGUGAUCUGCUAGAGUCAGUCCUGGUUCAGAAGGAUCAUCUCUUCUCCCAGACAGGGGGAAUGGUCCUGCCCUCAGCUCUGCCCCAGGACCUGCUGCCUCUCCUAGGGAGAGAAAGGAGCACAGGGGGCCUGUCCAGAGUUCUGUCUCUGGAUCAACAGGGUCUGUUGAAGAGGAUACAGCCCACAGUUUCACAACCCCACGACAGCGGACCACCCCUCCCUUCACAGCCCUCCCAGCCCGACAGCAACCCCCUCACCUCCUCCUCUCAGCCCGUGACACACACACCGCCGGGACAGCGAGAUGAGGUCACCACUAUCGUCACGGCGACCGUGGACGCAGACACAGACAUGGAUGCAGAAACACCUUCACCGGCUGUGUCUGGCUGUAUGGUGAAUUUCUCCGACCCCGAGGGAUACAUAGAUUCUUCCGAUGACCCCCCCCUCCCAGAUGGAACAUUCCUACACUGUACAUACACUGUCACUGUGUACACAGGCUAUGGAGUCGAGCUACAGGUGAAGAGUGUGAAUCUGUCAGAGGGAGAGCAGCUGUCAAUCAGAGGGGUGGAUGAAGGCGGGGCCUUGCUGGUUCUGGCCAAUCACACACUGCUGGUGGAGGGUCAGGUGAUCCGAAGUCCAACCAAUACCAUCUCAGUAUACUACCGCUCCUCGCCUGAGGGGAGCAUGGGCAUGUUCCAGCUACACUACCAAAGUGAGCACACACACACAAUCACGCACACAGUCGCACACACACACAAAAUUGUUCAUGUUUUUAAUUCAAAGCCUUCAUUAGGUUCUAACUACUAAGGGGCUGUUGAUUCU